AUGCGUCUUACUGUUGCAGUCCUUUGGAUGGUCGCAGUGACGACGUGGGCGCUGGAGGAAAACAGUGGAAGCGACCUUUACGAUGGACAUUUUCCGCCACUUCAUCCUAAUUGUUCUCAGAGUCUCACAGACCUUCUUUUGCUGCGCCAAGAAAUCCAACUGAAAGAACUGAAGCAGGCCGAGCAAGAGUCUGCAGGGAUCCUGAGGGAGAUGGCGGACAUCUUGGCUGAUAUCAAAGGUUCUUUGACACGGAGCAACACGUCUACAGGAAUAUCCUGUCCAGGCAACUUCAAAAACUACGGAGAAAAUUGUCUGUAUCUUGCUAAGGACGUCGGAAUAAAUUGGGAAGAAGCUCUGCUCUUCUGUCAAGACCUGGGAGGAAAUUUGGCCGUGUUCCGUGACGCCAAUGCAUUCGCACAUGCUCUUGGAUACGUUAAAACUUCAGGCAUUGCAAAAACAGGGAAUGUGUGGGUGGGCGGAAACGACCAUUCGGUAGAGGGGGAGUGGAGAUGGGUGACCGGGGAACACAUGCCGAGAGGAACGCCCUUUUGGGGAGAUUAUAAUUACGUUCGUGAACCAGUUCAAAAUACAGCCGAAAACUGUGCCUUCCUUCAUGGUGCUGAUGACUUCUUGAUGCACGAUGCUCCCUGUGACUGGAAAGUCAUUCCUCUCUGCGAAAUAAGCGCUUCAAGAACGGGCUAG